CCAGGACCAAUCGGUCUUCCAGGUAUACAAGGAGAGAAGGGAGAUUCGGUUGGUACCAUGGCAGCUCAUUUCAUCCCUGGUUUACCUCAACAAAAGCAUUACAAGCGUUGACUCACGAACAGAUUUGAUGGGAUGUAGGCCAAUGUGGGGAGGAGACUAUUGUGCAUCAGAAAAUAUUUUUCACAGCAAAGUAGCCAACCAUGUGAUGCAGUUCCUCUCCAUCCAGACCCUGAUAAACAGGGUCACGUCGCCUAUCGAGAGACAAUUAGAUGGACGGUUUAAAGCAUUAUACACUGGUCUCUACAUGUUAUAUAUAAACACUCAGUCUCUGGUCAAAGAUUCACACCAUGAGAUCGGUCUCUUCAUCAGUGACGACAGUCAGAAGUGGCCUGUGAUCGACAUGUCCUGCAUUGUGGCUACUGAUCGCAUUCUCACGAAGAUCACAAGCAGACAAGCCAAAUACAUAGGGGCCAGGACAAAGUCGUGUGGAAAUGUUGGCACGUUCUAUAUUGAAAAGGACCAAAUGAUUUCUAUAGUCAUCACUAGACCUCAAAGGGCUGUGAUGCUUAGCAAGCAUACUAACUUUGGGGCAGUCCUUCUUUCCCAUGCAUGAAAAGAAGUGAGAAACCAUGACAUUACAUGAAGGUUGCAAAUCACACUUAAUGCAAUUGCCUGCAUAAUUGGUUUUUGUUGUGUCCUCCUUAAGUAUAUUAUUUUGAUUUGAAGUGUCGCCGAUGACGCAGAACAUGUUUACUUUUCCAAAACACUUGUUAUUAUCUCUUUUGCAUGUUUCAAGGUCUCCUUUUAAAUAAGGAUUUUGUUAAUUUUUCGCAACAAGAGGUUUGUAUAUCACUUCUCUGGUAUGAUAACGAUUUUGUUGAGACGUAAAUUUUAUAUUUAUGAUAUUGGAAGACAACAACGGUUAUCAUUCUGAAAAUCAAUUUGUAUAACAUAGGUCAUCAGAUGGGAAGUGAAUUCGUUCACUAUAGGUCAUCAAAUGGGAAGUCAAUUCGUUCACUAUAGGUCAUCAGAUGGGAAGUCAAUUCGUACAACAAAGUCACCACAUGUCCAUAUUCAGGAAGCCAUCCUCUCGCCAUUCUGAAACCAUUGAUUAUCAUUUUAUUUAUUUUCGUAUCCAUUUUCACACCUGAUUUGUAUAUACAUAUUUUUGUUUUUGUUUUGUGAUAAUGGCAUAUUCAUUGCAAAAAGACACAAUUAAACAUCACAUUUAGAUAUGCAUUUUUAAAUAUGUACAGCGUAGACUUCAUAACGAAUAAAACUAUAAAACUGUGUAUAUAUAUCUUUAUAUUACUAUUUGAAUUCGUGAAAUAAAAGAUAUGUGCAACAUGUGAACAUAGAAGAUAUCGAUUAUUAUUGUUUGCUAUCUUCAAUAUCUGUCGUGAAAUCACAAGGGUAUGCAGCAUGCAAAUCAUCAAAGAUUUAAGGUAAUUAUAUUAAUGGAUUGCAAUUGAUUCAAUCUCAUGUAUCAAAUCUAACUGGACACCUCGUGAAUAUUGAUGUCGUGUACUUUGUAAGAUAAUAGUCAUGCAUUUCAAAAAGUAAAUGGGAUGUGUUAGUAAAUUACUUUUUAAUCCCUUCCAGUAAAGGAAAGAAUGUGAAUUAAAAAAAAACAAAAAAAAAAAA